GGACUGACACCCUGUCCUGGGCCAGGAGGAGAACAGGACAGACACCCUGUCCCAGGCCGGGAGGAGAACAGGACAGACGCCGUGUCCUGGGCCGGGAGUGUAUUUUUGAUGUUAACCAAGACCAUUGUCAUUGUGUUCAUCACCAGAAACCAGAGCAUUGUCCAGACCUAGAUGCUAGAUAAAUUGGUCAGCAGAUACAAGCAAAGUUCAAUGAAGUCACAAUGACAGAUCUAAAAGAGGUGACCCGUAAAACUCAUCAGAUUGAGAAACUUAUUUCAGAAAACUGUAUUCAAGACAUAAAAUAUUUGCUCAGUGACUUUGGGGAAAUUCCAGUGACUGAAAGGAUUCUUCAGGAGUCUGAUCUUAUCAAAGCUGUGUAUAAGGUUCUAAAGAACUGUCCUAAUGCCGAUGUCAAAAAGAAAGCACGGGAUCUACUUUCCACAUGGAAGAAGCUUUACACAAGUAGCAGCUUUCAAGAAAAAUGCAGAAUUCAAGAUGGGGAAAAAAUAAAUGAUAAUCUGCUUAGAAAAUCAAAUGAAAUCGCUGAGGAAAUACUAGAUCCUGGUAUCCUUGGAACAAGUUCUGCCCUUAGAAAUACUACACAGCAAUUAACAUCAGAAAGCACUCAGAUAGAGAUGGGAGCUGCUGUCACCCAGUGUCUUGACCCAAAUGAAAAUCUCCAAGGAAGCCAUAGUGAAAAGCAGAUUUUAACAGACAAGGUUUUAGUGCUAACUGACUGUGAUCCAACCCCUGAGAACCAUGGUGGAUUCAUAGUCCAAGCUGUAAGAUCUAAAUGUGUGGAACUUCUGCUCCACGCCCUGACAGAUUCAGAGCUGGCUAAUAAGGCAAGGCUUGAAAUGUGCCGUGGUUUUGCAAAAGAAGUGGAGGAGUCUAUUUAUGCUUUAUAUAACAAAAAUGAGAAAAAAUACAAAACGUGCAUUAGAAGUAAGAUUUCUAAUUUAAAAAACCCUAAAAAUCCCCAUUUGCGACAGAAGGUAUUAUCAGGUAAAGUAACUGCUAAGAUGUUUGCUGAGAUGUCAGCGAUGGACAUGGCAAGUGAGGAGCUGAAGCAGCUCAGAGCAUCAUACACCAUCUCAGCUGUACAGGACCAUCAGCUGCCUUAUGAGAUGGAAGGUAUAAAGACAAAUAAAAUCAGAUGUAAACGGUGUGAAAAUUUUAACUGCACAGUGACAGCCAUUGCCAGAGGGACACUUUUUAUUCCAGCCUGGGUGCGCAAUGGAAAUCCUGAUGAACAAAUGAUGACUUUUGUCAUCUGCAAUGAAUGUGGAGAAAAAUGGUAUAACAGUGGCUGGAUUUCUAUUUAGGCAUGAUAGUGGAUUACACCUGGUUGUGAUUUAUUUCCUGUUCUCUGUGGCUGUACAUUUAACUGUUUGAUUUAAUAAACUUGUAGAAAUCUGGUAGCUCUUUCUAUCAAAUAA